UGUGUUCCUAUAAAAAGAAAGAAAACUGUUCUCCAAUUUGUUUGAGAGAGAGAGAUGAAGGCGAAGAAGAUGGCAGUGGCUUUGAUAAUAGCUGCAUCUCUUUUGAUGGGUUCCUUAAACAUUGGUGAAGCUUGGAAGGAGGAGCCUAGCGUUAUACAUGUGGGAGGCAAAGUGCUAUGCCAGGACUGCUCUAAGGGGUACAAGGAAUGGGUUGAAGGAGCCAAUCCCAUCAAAGGGUGUAGGGUAUCCAUAACGUGCCUGGACGAGAGACACAGAGUGGCGUAUUACGGUAGCGACGAGACCGACGAAAAGGGUCAGUUUGAGCUGAUCAUCAAUAAGAAGCACAGCAAUGGGAAGUCACUGUACAUUGAGGGAUGCUCGGUGAGGUUGGUGUCAUCGCCGGAUCCUUCGUGCAACGUUUUCACGGACUUUGGUGGGGGACGUUCAGGGGUGAAGCUUCAUCGACCCACCAGUUCUUACAGAGAUCUAAUCAAGUAUAUGAUUAGCCCUCUUUACUUCACUACUCCCAUGUGUGAUGAACCUCGCGUUAAUUAUUAGUAGAUUUCCAUUCUCCAUUGUUGG